AUUAUAAACCUUAUUCAACAUUUCUCUUUCUUUCUAAUUCUCUCUCUCUCUCUAAAGACAUACAUAUUUAAUGGAGGAGCUGGAUUUUGGUUCAAAAACAACUACUUCUCGUCUAAAGUUAUUUGGAUUUAGUGUUGAUGGAGAAGAAGAUUUCUCCGAUCAAUCAGUCAAAACUAGCCAAUCUUCUGUAUCACCUGAACGUGGCGAGUUUCCGGCGGGAUCUUCCGAAAGAAGUGGCGGUGGUGUACGAAGCCGAGGCGGAGGAGGAGGAGGAGGAGGAGGAGAACGUAAGUACGAGUGUCAGUACUGUUGUAGAGAGUUUGGUAACUCACAAGCCUUAGGUGGUCACCAAAACGCUCACAAGAAAGAGCGUCAACAGCUUAAACGUGCUCAGCUUCAAGCUACACGAAACGCAGCCGCGAAUUUCUCAAACGCUGGAUCAGCGUCUCAGUUUCUAAGGAAUCCUAUAGUCUCUGCUUUUGCUCCUCCGCCUCAUCUUUUAUCAUCAUCCGCCGUGUCUCAGCCUAUGGGAGGUCCUUGGAUGUAUCUUCCACGUGUUUCUCCGUCUCAGCUCCACGUGUCGCAUGGUUGCGUGAUUCAGGAUGGUUCGGGUGGUGCUGGUGCGGGUGGGUUCUCGUACGAGUAUGGGGCUCGUGAUUCAGGGUUUGGAGUAGUUGGGCCUCAGAUGAGACAUGUUCAGGCCCAUGGGCCGAGACCAUCGGUGAAUGGGUUUUCCAGAGAAGUAGGAACUACUUUUGAUGAUGGUUUAGGGUUGGAUUUGCAUCUCAGUCUUGCACCAGCUGGUCAUUGACGGUUUUCUUUUUUAAGCUCUUGUAUAUUUUUCAACAUUUUAAUUAAUUUAUUUAUUUUUA